AUUCAAAUAGUAUCAGGAUAUUUAAAACAUUCCAAGUUUAUCUCAGGAGCUAACUCCUAUCUGUCGGCGGCUGCUGUGGUGGAGAGUUAGGCACAACCUACCAAAAACAAACACGCCCGAAGCAAAAUAUAAUGAUACAUAUAUCAUAAAAACACUUAUCUUUGCGAUUAAAUCCAAUGCAAUUUAAUCUUUGUUGAAAAACACUUGUCAUGAAAUCAUACAUUGUAACACACUAAACAAGUUAGGGCUGGGACGAUUCCAAAUUUACUACCCGGUACCCGCUGUAGGUCUCAAGAGAUGGGUACAAAAUGUCUGAUUGGGAAACGUUUGACUGUACUCCUUUCAAAAUAAAUUUAGAUGGAACAUGUGUAAACUGAUCUGGUCAUGCAUACACUGAUAUUGACUAAGUUCUAUCUUUAUGCAAACGUAUAAAGUCAGAAGGAAUGUGAACAUUUGUCACUUAUCAUGCUUAUAGUGAAACAAUAAAGUUCUAGAUAAUUGUUGCCAUUAAACAAUAUAAUCACGUGACUGAUAACAGGCAUAUACUGCCCAGCAUUUUAUAACCACAUGUUGACUUUAAAACGGUCAGUAUCAAGUGAUUUAUCUGAAGGGCUUUUGUGAAUCAGACACAUGUUUUGCUUGUCAGUGUUUCUGAGUAAUUGGAUGAGAAGAUCUAACUUUACUUGAAUGUUUUUGUAGAGUACAAACAAUUCCAUAAUGGAUACUGAUGUGGCAACUGAAGUUCCGGACUCCCUCAAGCGACUGAUCCGGCUGAUAGUGCGGGGAUUUUAUACAGUUGAAACAGCCAUUGUUAUAGACAUGCUGGUGAGGAAUCCCUGCAUUAAGGAGGAUGAUAUGUUGGAGUUGCUCAAGUUUGAGAGGAAACAACUUCGAGCAAUUGUCAACUCCUUGAAAGUAGACAAAAUACUGAAAGUGAGGAUGAGGGUUGAAACUGAUAGAGAAGGAAAAACCACAAGACACAAUUAUUAUUUCAUCAACUACAAUGUGUUUGUGAAUGUGGUCAAAUAUAAACUAGACCACAUGAGAAGAAAGAUUGAACUUGAGGAACGCGAUAACACAAGUCGUGCCUCGUUUAAAUGUCCGAACUGUUUAAAGUCAUUUACUGACUUGGAGGUUGGGCAGCUUGUAGACCCAAUGACAGGCUCCUUACAGUGCACCUACUGCCACACAGAGGUGGAGGAGGAUGAGAGCUCCAUGCCGAAGAAGGAUGCUCGCACCACCAUGGCCAAAUUUAAUGAACAGAUUCAGGUUAUUUAUGACUUACUACGGGAUUGUGAGGAUAUCAAACUUGCACCUGAAAUCUUAGAACCUGAACCCAUUGACAUCACAAAGUUAUUACCAAGGGCACCAAGUGACAAGAACAGGCCAAACAUUGAUGCUGAAAAGAUGGUCUGGAGUGGGGAACUGUCUCGGAACAACCGCUUCGGCUACACAGACAACAGCAUCACCAUCAGCAUGGAUGAGGAUGAAAAGAAGACGACAGUGCAGAAGAAGGAGGUGCCAGAAUGGAUGGCCAAGAGCACGGUGGAGGGUGCCACAGUCACUGACUCACAGAUGGAGAGCAGUUACGAGGCCGGUCCAUCUCAGGACUUGUCUCAGCUGAAUGCCAAUGAUGAGGUGAUGAACGCCCUGCUGGUUCACGAGCAGUCCAAGCCGGGAGCUGGGCUCCGGGUCCCCACAGACAGGGUGGAAGACAACUCCAGCAGUUCAUCGGAAGACGAAGCCCCCAAACCUGGCCCCUCACAUGGAGUUGUUGAAGAAAUGGACAGUGAUGAUGAAGAAGAGAGUGUUCCCAUGGUAACAAUUGGCAUCCGCAAGGUGCCCUACCAGGAAGUGACCCCUGACAUGGUGGAACAAAUGACCCCAGCGGAGAAGGACGAGUAUAUACGUAUUGGCCAGGAGUUGUAUUCAGAUAUGUACGAAUGAUGAAUAAAGUGAAUGUUUUUGUAAAGAG